AUGUAGGGUAUACCAUGCUGAUUGUGAACCGUAUAUAAGUCCACGAUCUGCUCACAGAGUCACAGCAAAACGGCUGCGUCGAUAUCUUUUGACGCUGCUCGACGCUCCGCCGUACCUGGGAGAACCACCACUACAAUGCGGUGGCCAGCUUCUUUCAAGUUUCCCACCAAGGCCGCCAAAUUAUCCCUCCUCUUCGUCACGGCCACCGGUGCUUACGCUCUCCAAGUUCCCGACGCUUCUUCCCGUGCCACCACCCCUGUCUUCGAUAAUCCAGGGGCUCCAAUAUUCGCACUUCGACGCUCCUCUUACACCUUCUUCACGAUUGCUUCAACCGUUUUUGACUACAAGUACUCUAUGUAUGGGUUAACAAAGGGUUCAGAUGAGUAUCAGCGUUCGAAUUCUGAGGUUCAUUUGCGUUCUGCUAAGAGAAUAUUGAAAUUGUGUGAAGACAACAAAGGUUUUUAUGUGAAAGCUGGUCAGUUUGCAUCAUCCCUGAGACAGCUCCCAAAGGAAUAUAUAAUGACACUUUCUGUUUUACAAGAUAAGGCAGUUCCUUGUGAUUUCAAUUUGAUAAAAGAAGUGAUAUGCAGAAAUCUUAAUUCUGAAUUUUCUCAUAUAUUUCUCUCUUUUGACGAGCAACCACUCGCUGCAGCUUCAAUUGCUCAAGUUCAUCGUGCUGUCCUGAAAAGCGGGGAGGAAGUUGCUGUGAAGGUGCAGUACCCUGGGUUAGAGCGGCUGAUGGAGUUAGAUAUUACUAUCAUGUCUUUUGUUUCACAAGUUGUUGCUUGGGUAUUUCCUGAAUACAGAUUUGGAUGGAUUCUUGCAGCAUUUAAAGAGGCGAUUUCAGCAGAACUAGAUUUCAUUCAGGAAGCAAGGAAUUCUGAGAAGACAGCAAACAAUUUUAGAGACAGCAAGAAUGUCAAGAUCCCACGAGUUUUUUGGGACUUUACAACCAGCCAAGUUUUGACCAUGCAGUUUUGUUCUGGACAAAAGGUUGAUGACCUGGAAUUUCUGGAAAAAUCAGGCAUUGAUCCAAGAAAGGUUGCGAAAGCUCUGAUGGAAGUCUUUGCUGAUAUGAUAUUUAUCCAUGGCUUUGUGCAUGGAGAUCCACAUCCUGGAAAUAUCUUAGUUUCUCCAAAUGGUCAGAAAGGCUUUACUUUGGUUCUUUUAGACCAUGGAAUGUACAAGAAACUAGAUGAAAGAUUCAGAAGGGAUUAUUGUCGACUAUGGAAGGCACUGAUUCUCAAGGAUAUGAAUGAGAUACUGCAUAUUGGUGAAUCUUUCGGUGUUCGUACCUAUUCUAGAUAUUUGCCCAUUAUAUUCACUGGUAGAACGAUGAACAGUAAAGCAGGACUCGGAAGAGGAAUUUCCAAUGAAGAGAGAAAUAUUGUCAAGCAAGAGCUUAAGGCUCUUACAAUGGAGGAUAUUUCUUCGUUCAUGGAAUCCUUGCCACCCGACUUUUUGACGAUAAUGCGUACAGACGGCAUUCUUAGAUCUAUAUGUAGCAAUUUGGGUACACCCCCCAGUGUUCGGGUUCUAACCUAUGCCAGAUCUGCUAUAUAUGGUCUUUCUUUAACCAAGGAAUAUGAGCAUGGUUCUACAUUGGAUUUUUUCAUCUCAAGAAUCAAGAGUAAAUUUAGUUACCUUCAAAUAAAAUGCCUUCUCGGUGUAAUGGGGCUUCUUUCAUGGAUAGAUGACGUCAAACAUAUAUUUAGUAAGAGAUUGAAGAGUUUACUGGCUACCGCCAGAAAUCUAUAUCUGUAUCAUGCCCAGGCAGCAGCCCACCAGUGAUUGCAUGAUGUGUGCACCACAUCUGGAAAAUGGGGAACCAUUCUCUAGGUAUUGUGGUUUACCUUUCUGUAUAUGAGUGGUUUCAUAUCCGCAUUGUUCUGCCAGACCUUGGCAGCAGUGGCAAUAUCCACUAGAGUUUGAAUUUCGCAAAACCGGCUGUCAAAUGGCUAUCAAGAAUGAGUUUAAUUUCAUAACCAUAUGCGGAAUUUGUUUCUUUUGUUUUCUGAAGUAAUAUAUUUUUCGAUUUCAUGCUAUUCAUAUGGUUAUGUGGCCAAAAUGUUCUUGUAUAUGGAUUCUUUUGGAGAAGAAAGUUGUCCUCUCCAUUUUCUGAAUGUUGAGCAUAAUUGCUCUCUAGGUCUACAGCAGCAACAGCAUACUGACGUGAGAAGUAUGAAGCUGGUUCAAGCUAGUGAGCAAGACAUACCUGUUUGAUUCAGGUUGUUUGAGCUUGUAGUCCACCUUGAAAGUUUAGACGGUAAAUUUUAUAGAUAGUAAGCUUUUCAUGUACUUUACUGACGUUGUAUAAAUAGGGGUAGCUGUAACUUUAUCCUUUUUCGCAGUUCGUACUUUGUGAAAGAAA